GCCUCCGGACGCAACACCAAGUCCGCCAUCCAGCACGUCCAGCCACCCAUACCUGACCUCCUCCUCCCCCUACCCCAACUACCUCACGGCUCCCACAAAUCACCCUUCACUCCCUAACUCCCUAGCUGCUCCCGGCUCCUCCCAUUACCUGCUAGGAAGGCCACAGCAAAGCUCCCAGCCUUCCCCAGCCCCUGGGUACACCUCCUACAGCGUCAUGAGUGGUUCCUCCAGGAGACGCAAGCUGUGGGCGGCAAGCAAUGAGUCGGAGAGUGAGUGCAGGGACUCUGGUUUUACUGAUGGGCCGCUGGGCAGCGACAUGUCUGUCGAGGAGCUGCCGCCCUACGAGCAGCAGCAGCGGUCCCGCCACUACUCGGCGGACUCUCGACCCUCGUCGUCCGCGGGGGGCGUGGUGGCUGCGGAUGAAUCCGGACGCAUAGAAGACCGCCAGUUUAACUAUGCGUCUUCGUUCACUCCUAACUACGACCAGAGGAGGCUUAGAAGAAACCGAUACAAUUAUCUCGAUGACUUUGACUCGUACAGUGAGAUGGACUGUGAACAAGGCGACAGUGCGAGCCUCAGUAGAGAACGAAGCGAUAGUUUCAUCUACGUUGCAUAUCCACCUGAGGUCAAAAAACGUUUCCAUCAAGACCAGCGAUGAUCAGUCUAUGCAGGAUUAAAUGUAUAACGUUGUUAUAUUUACGUAAAUGCAUCCAACAUUGCAUGUUGGUGCUGCAGUAUAGGAUGACUGUGGAUAAGCUGCGUUCGUUUCUCAGAGAUCAAUAAAUAAUUGAUCCAUAACAAGGUUCAGGCAUCCCUCCCUAGUAGCAGUUAACAAUUUCUUAUUAGCAUUGACGAGAAAUAUGCUUUGGUAGCACUGAAUUUUGAAGAAUAUACUGCGCGGUUAUUCUUUAAUACUGCAAUAUCUGCGUGAAUGUAACAUAAAUGAUAAAGAUUCUAAUAGCAUUACAGACAAUAAGGCCACUUGCGGUCUAAAGUGCAGAGAUCUGUGACCAGAGAUGCAACCAAGAGACCGAGACAUGAUUGUCCUUGAAUGCAACCAAGAGACCGAGACAUGGCUGUCCUUGAAUGCAACCAAGAGACCGAGACAUGGUUGUAUGGGUUUCGGUUUACAGAGGUUAUGUGGGG